GGGCUAUAUAAAUAAAAUUUUAUGUGCUUGUGCUACUUGUUGUUUUGUGAUUGUGCUUGUGUUACUAGUGACAACCUGAAAAACAAAGUAGGGACAGCAUUUUAUUCAUUUUUAUUCAAAAAUAUCAGUUUUUCAACAGUGCCGGGACUCAGGCGGUUUCUUUUUUUGGACAGUAUUUCUCCAACUUUUGAAAAUAGCCUUUCACAAGGAACAGAUGAGGCCGGGGUACAAAGAAUUUUUACAGCGAGUGUGUACAAAUUCGGAUAGGUCUGCUUUUGUCUAUUCCACCAGUAUUCGAGAGGGUUCUGCAGUAUGUUUAUAUUUGGCUCUCCGAGGUACAUCUGGGGUCCGUUUCACGAAGCAGGUUUAGUGAAAACUCUGAGUUUGUUAACCCUGAAAUGAGGGAAACUCAGAGUUUUCCGUUUCACAAAGCGAGGUAACUCAAACCCGAGACAGAGGGGUAACUCUACCCUGUUUCACAAAGAGGGGUAACUUAAACUCUCGGUCAGUUACCGUAGUAACAGACUCUAUGACUCUAACCUGGUCGGGACCAGGUUUUUCUCAGUAAACCUCGAGUUUCUCUCAGUCUCCGCCCUCUUUCAGUCACACACGCCAUUUCAUUUCCUCAUUCAUUCAGUCAACUGGCGAGUUUUGGCGAAGUCUAAUUCUGCCGUGUGUCAAAAUGGCAUGUCCGUUUAUUAACGAUCCAGUAGAUGAAGGAGCUGCAUUACUGCGCACAGAAUUAAAUAUUCGUCGGGAGAUUGUUUUCAGACCGCGCAUAGAUGUUUUGGCGUUUCCGGACAGUUAUCUUUUUGAACGGUACCGUUUCACAUCACAAUCCAUAACCUACAUCCACAACCUAAUCCGUCCUUACAUUCACUUUACCAACCACAGUCAUGCUCUAACGUCCCAUCAGAUGUUGUGUGUUGCGCUGCGGUUCUUUGCAAAUGGGAGUUUUUUAUACAACGUCGGAGAUGCAGAGCACCUCAGUAAGGCCACUGUAUGCAGGACGGUCAGAAAAGUGUGUCUGGCCCUGAAACGACUUUUACCGAUCUUUGUCGUUUUCCCUGGACACAAACCUGUCAGAGCCAUCAAGGAGGAGUUCCACAGGAUUGCAGGAUUUCCCAGUGUGAUUGGCUGCAUUGAUGGCACACACAUCCCCAUCACAGCUCCCUCACAUAAUGAAGCUGAUUAUGUGAAUAGGAAGUCCAUUCACAGCAUAAAUGUGCAGAUCAUAUGUGAUGCUGCAUACAUCAUUUCCAAUGUGGAGGCCAAGUGGCCUGGGUCUGUUCAUGACUCGAGGAUUUUUCGAGAGUCUAACCUGAGCAACAGACUGCAACGUGGAGAGUUUGAUGGCCUUCUGCUGGGUGACAGGGGUUACCCAUGCCAACCUAGUCUGAUGACCCCAUACCCUGACCCUGAACCAGGCCCCCAACAGAACUUCAACCGGGCUCACUGCAAGACGAGAGCCCGGGUGGAGAUGACCAUAGGCCUGCUGAAAGCCCGUUUCCAGUGCCUACGUCACCUCAGGGUGACCCCUGAGAGGGCCUGUGAUAUUAUUGUGGCAUGUGUUGUUCUUCAUAAUAUUGCCACUAUUAGAGGAGAGCAACACCCUGCCGUACAAUUUGAAGACCCAGAUGAUGACCUCAUCCACCUGCCAGCUAUCCAGGAUGGCAGAGCAGUCAGAGACAUCAUAUGCAAUAACCACUUUGGAGUUUAAGUCACCAUCAUCACCACCACAGCAGUCAAAUAGACACAUGACAUACAUUUCAUUUGGUCUUCUUUAUUUCCUACAAAUAAAAGAGCUAGUUUAGUUCAUGUUCCAGUAGUUAACAUAACCUGUGACCUGCACCCACCUCUAACUUGUGCUCCAGUAUUUCAAUUUCCAGAUCUGCCUUCUUAAUCUGGCGGUCCAAGUACUGCAUUUCUUUAUCUGUUUUUUGUAUUUUUCUCAGCAAGUGGAUUUUGUAUAUUUGUUUUACUGGUAACUGGGAAUACAUAAAGGACAUUAAAUUAUACAGUUGCACAUGAAUUCCAUGGACUGAA